GUGACCAAAAAGUAUACGUAUAAAUGGCCAGCGGAAAGUACAACUUUGCCAUCGAUCGCGGGGGCACCUUCACCGACGUACUGUGCAUCACGCCGGACGGGACGGUGCGCACGCUGAAGCUGUUGUCGGAGGAUCCGGCCAACUAUCCGGACGCCCCGACCGAAGGUAUCAGACGUAUACUGCAGCAGGAGACGGGCCGAGCGCUUACACCGGAUGGGCUCAUAGACACGGGACUUAUCGGAUGGGUCCGGAUGGGGACGACGGUGGCCACCAAUGCGCUGCUGGAACGGGCCGGCGACCCGGUGGCGCUCGUCGUGAAUCGCGGUUUCAGGGAUCUGCUGCAGAUCGGUAACCAGGCGCGGCCAAACAUCUUUCAGCUGAAUAUUAAAAAACCAACCAACCUUUACCGGGAGGUAAUCGAGAUCGAUGCGCGUCUUGUUCCGGGUCAGGAAGGCAUUUGUCAGCUAGGAGAGGGCAUUACCGGCGGUUGGAGACGCCUAACGGGGGCUUCGGAUGCGACGUACCUCGAAAUGAUCCCACUGGACGAGGUGGACCUGCGAGCCAAACUGACCCAAGUGCUCGCGUCCGGAACCCGUUCACUGGCGAUCGUUUUAGCACACAGUUAUGCCUGCCCGGAGCAUGAGCUCCGUGUGGGAAGUAUUGCGCGCGAGAUGGGCUUCCAACACGUGACGCUAUCGCACGAGGCCAUGCCAAUGUGUCGGCUGGUGGCACGCGGGUUCACUGCUUGCGCCGAAGCAUACCUAACGCCGCACGUCGAGCGUUAUCUGGACGGAUUCCGGGCCGGAUUCCGCGAUCAACUGCGUGGCGCGGAGGUGCUGUUUAUGCAGAGUGAUGGUGGUUUGACGCGCAUGGAAAACUUUCGGGGAGCACGCGCCAUCUUGAGUGGACCGGCGGGAGGAGUCGUCGGGUACGCGGUGACUGGAGUUCGCGAUGCAGCUGGGGAGGAUGAGCAGGACGCGCUGGUGGAGACACCACCGUUGAUAGGGUUUGAUAUGGGCGGUACCUCGACGGAUGUGUCCCGGUACGCCGGUUCAUACGAGCACGUGAUCGAGAGCACGACGGCAGGUGUUACCAUUCAGGCUCCACAGCUCGAUAUCAACACGGUUGCGGCUGGCGGUGGAUCACGUUUGUUCUUCCGCAGCGGACUGUUCGUCGUGGGACCGGAAUCGGCCGGUGCGCAUCCCGGGCCGGCCUGUUACCGCAAGGGGGGUCCACUGACGGUGACGGAUGCGAACCUUAUCCUCGGUCGGUUACUUCCGGAGUACUUCCCGGCCAUUUUCGGACCGGACGAAAACGAACACCUUGACUAUAAUGCAUCGCGGUCUGCCUUUGAGGCACUUCGGGAGGAAAUCAACGAACAUCUGGCAACGGAUGAGGCCGGAACGGGUCCGCUCACACUCGACGAGGUUGCCAUGGGCUUCGUGCGAGUUGCCAACGAGGCAAUGUGUCGGCCCAUUCGCGCGUUGACUCAAGCACGAGGCUACGACACUGCCCGCCAUGUGCUGGCGUGCUUUGGAGGUGCUGGAGGUCAACACGCGUGCGCCAUCGCUAGACAACUCGGAAUGCGCCGGGUCGUGAUUCACAAGUACGCCGGCAUCCUAUCCGCCUACGGUAUGGCGCUGGCGGAUGUGGUCCAUGAGGCACAGGAACCUUGCGGGCUGGAGCUAUGUCCGGAAAAUCGUGCCGCGUUAAAGGAACGUCUGCAUGCCCUUUCCGCUCGCUGUGUGGAGCAACUGGAAAGCCAAGGGUUCGCACUGGCCAACGAUGGGAUCACGCUGGAGCCGUACCUUCACUUGCGCUACGAGGGAACCGACUGCGCGCUCAUGUGCACUCCGGAUCGGGUGGUGGAAAACGCGGACCAUACCGUGUACGGUUUCGGUGACUUUGGGCGCACGUUCCGCGAGCGUUACCGGAGCGAGUUUGGGUUCGUUCUGGAGGGUCGUCGCAUCCUUGUCGAGGACAUUCGCGUCCGGGGCUGCGGACGAGCGACUCUGUUCGAUGAACCGGACAUCCCGGCAGCGACUGGUCCGAUCUACGCGGAGAAAACGACCGUGGCUUACUUCGAAGGCGUUGGGCGGCAGGUAACGCCGGUGUAUGACUGUGCCAAGCUGCGGUACGGUCACACGAUCGAUGGACCGGCCAUCGUAAUCGAUCGCCUCUCGACGAUCGUGAUCGAACCUGGCUCGCAGGCCAACGUUACCCGUCGCGGGGAUCUGGUGAUCGAAGUUGAUGCCCUUGUGGACGAAUCGGCCGGCGGUGGCCGAAAGAUCGUUGACGAGCGGCUCGAUGCCGUGCAGUUGAGCAUCUUCAAUCACCGGUUCAUGAGCAUCGCCGAGCAGAUGGGACGCGUGCUGCAGCGGACGGCCAUCUCGACCAACAUCAAAGAACGGCUCGACUUUUCCUGCGCCCUGUUCGGACCGGACGGUGGGCUGGUCAGCAAUGCCCCACACAUCCCAGUCCAUCUGGGUGCCAUGCAGGAAACGGUUCAAUACCAGCUGCGGGUGCGCGGAGGUACACUCAAGCCGGGCGAUGUCCUCCUCUCGAAUCAUCCGCAAGCCGGUGGCUCGCAUCUUCCCGAUCUGACCGUAAUCACGCCGGUGUUUGCCGGCACGGACGACCAGCGGCCGGUCUUCUUUGUGGCCUCACGCGGACAUCACGCGGACAUCGGUGGCAUUACACCCGGCUCGAUGCCACCACACUCGACAUCGCUCGAUCAGGAAGGGGCCGCCUUCAAGUCGUUCCUGCUCGUCGAUGGAGGUGUUUUCCAGGAGGCCGCGAUCGUGCAGAGACUCACGAGUCCUUCGCCGACCUCUGGAGCUCCAGGGACGCGCAACCUCUCGGAUAAUCUAUCGGACCUUCGAGCGCAAAUUGCCGCGAACCAGAAGGGCAUCCAGUUGGUGUCGGAGUUGAUCAACGCGUACGGCCUGUCGGUGGUGCAGGCGUACAUGGGCCAUAUGCAGGCGAACGCGGAGCUUGCCGUGCGCGAUAUGCUGAAGGCGAUCGCCCGGGAAACGCUGUCCCGAACGGGUCGCACGGUGCUUGAGGCCGAGGAGCACAUGGAUGAUGGAACUCCGAUUCGACUAAUCGUGCAGAUCGAUGCGGAUCGUGGAUCGGCGGUUUGCGACUUCACUGGCACCGGGUCCGAGGUGGCCGGCAACUGUAAUGCCCCCCGGGCCAUCACCCUGUCGGCGUUGAUCUACUGUCUGCGGUGCAUGGUAGGCCAUGAUGUGCCACUGAAUCAAGGUUGUCUAGCCCCGAUCGAGGUUCGCGUCCCACCGGGAUCUAUUCUUGACCCGUCCGAGGGAGCUGCAGUCGUCGGGGGAAACGUGCUGACGUCACAGCGUGUCGUGGACACCGUGUUUGCCGCUUUCGGUACAUGUGCGGCAUCGCAGGGAUGCAUGAACAACGUCACGAUCGGGGACGAGGGUUGGGGAUAUUACGAAACCGUGGCCGGUGGAAGUGGAGCCGGUCCGGGAUGGCACGGAACGGGAGGUGUGCACACGCAUAUGACCAACACACGCAUCACGGACCCCGAAAUCUUGGAGCUGCGCUAUCCGAUCAUCUUACGCCGGUUCACUUUGCGUGAUGAUGCAAGUGGAGGCCGUGGAAGGUGGCGCGGAGGGGACGGUGUCCAUCGGGAGCUUCUCUUCCGUAAGCCCCUGAUGCUGUCGGUGCUCACGGAGCGACGUACGCUACGCCCUUACGGGAUGGCAGGUGGAGGUCCGGGAAAAGCUGGUCUCAAUCUGCUCCUGCGUGUUGGUGAUUCAACUGGCUCGACGCGUCCGGUGAACAUCGGUGCCAAAGCGGCCAUCCAAGUUCGUGCCGGCGAUGUGUUCUCGAUGAAAACUCCCGGCGGAGGUGGUUACGGUGCACCGGAGGACGAGGAGGAACCGGUUCGGGGCGUUGUAACAUUGGCCACCGACGGCUAUAAUCAUCCGCUCGCUCCGUCCUCGAAGGCGUUCAUUGAGCGCGGCAGCGUGUACGAGUACCGGAUGGCUCAGGAAUCGGUCUGAUGGCACGAGGUUGGGUUUAACUUUAAUUUUUACCUCGUCCUGAUCGUUGUCCUGCUGAUCAUCGUGAUCGUAAUGUUUAAAUAGCCACCGGAGAGGCGGGUGACUCCGGGCCAGAGGUUCGGUUUCACUUUGUCCCUCGAUGGAGAUGGGGAGAAGUUAGGAGAAACGUAAGGCAACGAAGCACAAACAUCACGAGUGUUCACUCAAGUUGAAAUUAAAAUCAAAUUCUAACAAAUCAAACCACUUCCUCUCUCUCGCUCCCUCUCUGAGCAAAUGGUUCUUCCAUAAUAUUUCUUCUCUACCUUACCUUUCUACAUUACAUAGAUCGAAGGUUAGGGCAUAGGGUUUUCUUCUCUCCCUUUUAACAUAACGGGUAGCUUUAAAAUGUAGGAAGUUUUACCGGAAAGUGUUUGCAGGUAUCGUAGUACGGGUAGCGUAAUUCUCUAGGGGCCACUUAUUAGGACAUUAAGACAACGAUGGGGAGAGUUCUAAACUUCGUAGAGUUAGUUUGAAACUUUGAUACGUAACCAAUUUUUGCCUUCCCUUACAAUGUAGCCAAAUUCAAUAAAGUAUUCAAAC